GUGACGUGCUGUAGCAAUUGCAUGGGCGUCAGCAGAAGCAUAAAGAGCCGUUCGACCGCAUCCUGUCUUUGCGCUUCCCCUCCUGGGCUUUCACACAUAACACUCCAGCACCAGCCCUCCUCCAUCCAUUCACACAGCCUCAGCCUCAAUGUCCGUCGAGAAGGUCGGUGUGCUGGUGGUCGGUGCGGGCCCAACGGGUCUGGGCGCUGCGACUCGCCUUGUCCAGCACGACCACAAGGACUGGCUGCUGAUCGAUGCGGCUCCCGAGGCUGGUGGCCUUGCGUGCACCGAUGUGACGCCCGAGGGUUUCCUGUUUGAUAUGGGUGGGCACGUUAUUUUCAGCCACUGGGAGUACUUCGACCAGCUGCUGGACACCGCCCUAGGCAGCGGUCCCGACGCAUGGAACACGCUGCAGCGCGUUUCCUACGUGUGGAUUCGCGACCGCUGGGUGGCGUACCCCUUCCAGAACAACAUCAGUGCGCUGCCCAAGGAGGACCAGAUCAAGUGCCUGACUGGUCUGGUGGAAGCCAAGGUGUCUAACACCGUGGCUCAGGGCCGCCCGAAGAACUUCGAUGAGUGGAUUCUGCGCGUGAUGGGCCCCGGCAUUGCCGACCUGUUCAUGCGCCCCUACAACUUCAAGGUGUGGGCCAUCCCCACCAACCUGAUGCAGUGCAACUGGUUGGGCGAGCGUGUGGCCACCGUGGACGUGGACCGCGCCAUCACCAACGUCAUCAACAACAAGGAGGACGCCGGCUGGGGCCCCAACGCCGUGUUUCGCUUCCCCACCUCGGGCGGCACUGGCGCCAUCUGGAAGGGCGUUGCUAAGCUGCUGCCCACCGAGCGCCAGCGCUACGGCCAGAAGGUGGUGUCCAUUGACAAGGACGCCAAGAUCGUGACCCUGGACAACGGCCACAAGUACCAGUACGACUCCCUGGUGUCCACCCUGCCCCUGGACAUCACCCUCAGCUGGCUGGGCAAGGAGGAGUGGGCCAAGGGCCUGCAGCACAGCUCGUCGCACAUCAUCGGCUUCGGCAUCCGCGGCGAGUGCCCGCACGGCACCAAGUGCUGGCUGUACUUCCCCGAGAGCAACUGCCCCUUCUACCGGUGCACGGUGUUCUCCAACUACGCCAAGCUCAACUGCCCCGCGGACGACGCCAAGCUGCCCACCCUGUGCAAGGGUGACGGCAGCGACCCGGAGAGCGCCGAGGCCAAGGCCGGCCCCUACUGGUCCCUGAUGUUUGAGGUCAGCGAGUCCAACUACAAGCCGAUCAACCAGGAGCAGGUCAAGCUGGGCGGCACCGCCGGCACCUGGUCGGACGUCGUGCGCGACACGCUGGUCGGCGCCAUCAACACCCAGCUUAUGCAGGCGGGCGAUGAGGUGGUGUCCGUCUACCACCGCCGCAUCGAGCACGGCUACCCCACCCCCUCGCUGGGCCGUGACGAGGUGCUGGACAAGGCGCUGCCCUGGCUGCAGCAGCACAACAUCUGGAGCCGCGGCCGCUUCGGCAGCUACAAGUACGAGGUCGCCAACCAGGACCACAGCCUGAUGCUGGGCGUGGAGUGCGUUGACAACAUCCUGUACGGCACCAAGGAGCUCACGCUGGCGUUCCCCGACAUUGUGAACGCCAAGAAGAACGGCGAGCUGCUGUACAAGAAGAAGUAAAGAUCUCGCACUAAAGGCACAGGAGGAUUUGCAGGGCUGACUGCAGGGUGGCUGGUGCACGGACAUAGCCGCAAUAGUUGGGCUCAGGCCGGGUUAGGGCAUGGAUAUAGCAUGCUGAGAGAGCGGUGCCCCUAGCAAGGGUGAGUUCGGGCGCCUAGGUUAGCUACCAACGAGCGGUGCAUAGGUAGGUUUGAGUGGUGCUUGGAGGUAGUGACCCCUGGAUGUGCACUUAAUAAUGUGUGACUCGUGACUCGGACCUAUUGACGACUAGAGACUACGGUAUGUUUGGACUUCGGACGGACAUCAAGGACCAAGAUGGCGCUGGUGACCCAUGACGCACGCAUGGACUGAAAUUGCUCGGUUUCUGCAAGGACAGGCAAGCGCGUCGUGCGCAUUACCUUGUAACGACACACGACAACAAAGAAACUGUUGGAUCAAACACGUACAUGGAUGGAGCAAGUGCACGAUGCAUGUACGCUCGGUGCGCCGAGGCCGUUCGCACGCAAUGGGCUCGUGGCACUGGGGCCACUGAGGCCGCGUGUAACGAUAUACAGCUGCGCAUUUGUCAGGGCCCACAGUCUGACCGACAAGGGGAACACCUAGGCACGGAGAUGCACCAGUCUGGAAUGGCCAACAUGGGGAACAUGCCCGGUCCGGGGCGUGGCCGAAGCACAGAUUGAGCGUUCUUAAUCAUACGCACUCACUCCCGAUUCUGGUGAGGGUCUUGCUCCCUGAGGACGCCAGCAGCUGCUCCCAAGGACUUGAUGUUGGCAAGGUGCUCUUUUGCAUAAUACGGUAGCGCGUAGGACUCAGCCUGACCCAUGAUGGCAGGGGCCACCCCUGCAUGCUGGUCAGAUGGUGCAUCGUCCCCAAUUCCUCAUGAUAACUGCUGUGUGUCUGCAGCCCGCACGAAGCCCCUGCCUGGCCAGGCCUGGCCACCUGGCGGCAUCCAGGCCAUGACUGUCAGAUCACGAGGACUGUGCCCACAUGACUAGGCGGACCAGCUUGCUUUAACCGCAAUCGGA